AUGGAUUUGGGAACAAUUAAGGCGAGAUUAAUGAACGGGUAUUACAGCUCCAUGUAUGAUGUGAUGUAUGACAUUAAUGCUAUUUGGACAGCUUGUUUUUCGUUCAAUUCCCCAGAUAAAGAAGUGUAUAAGUGUGCUGUGACGUUAAAGGAGAUGUAUGAGAACCAGUUAGAAGAGAUAUAUGAAGAAAGUGGGUGCAACUUGAAGAAUUGA